CCGACGCACGUGAACCGCGGAUAAGCUCCGGGAAUAGUCGACAGGUUGCGGCUCGCCGGCUGCACGCGAGGCUGCGAGUCGAGCGCUGUCCGAGGUGCUGAAGAGCCGCCGGGCAGACAGGUCGCUCUCCCCCUCUUUCCUCUCCAACCCCCCCUUACCCUCCCUUCCCUUCCUCCCCGCCGCCACCACCACAGGCGAGACGAUAUACGCAAGUACCGACGAGAAUGCCGAGCGGCGCCACAGCGGCGCACCGGCGGUUAACGCAGCGUCCCCGGCCGGAGUAAAUGGGACCACCCGUCGUGCGAGCUUUAGAAGGAUGGAGCGAUUUGUCCCCCUGCUCGUGCUCGGCUGUCUCUGCGUGUCUCGAGUCACAGCGGACGGCUUAUCGCCUCCCGUCAAUGUGACCGUCAGAGCGGUGAAAGCAAACUCUGCAGUGGUGAAAUGGGACAUCCCCGAGGGAGACCCCGUUAUUGGCUUUGCCAUCACGCAGCAGAAGAAGGACGUGCGCAUGCUGCGGUUCAUCCAGGAAGUCAACACCACCACGCGCUCCUGUGCAUUAUGGGACUUGGAGGAAGAGACGGACUACAUCGUGCACGUCCAGUCCAUCAGCAUGUCUGGGACGAGCCCGCAGAGCGAAGCCCUGCGCUUCCGAACGCCGAAGGGGGCCGAGACGCAGGCCUCUAAGAGUAAAGACGAGGUGACGAUGGAAGAAGUGGGCCAGACCACCCAGCUGAGGGCGGGGGAGCUCAUCAUCAUCGUGGUGGUGCUCAUCAUGUGGGCAGGUGUGAUCGCUCUCUUCUGUCGCCAGUACGACAUAAUCAAAGACAACGAGCCCAACAACAACAAGGACAAAGCCAAAAACUCCUCCGAGUGCAGCACUCCUGAGCAUCCAACGGGGGGGCUGUUGCGCAGUAAGGUAUAACCCACCUCUCCCCCCCCCACAGCAACGGCGGGCAGUUCCCCAAGAACAACAACAACAACAACAGGAUGCCAUCCGUCAACAUCAUUGAGGUGUGACUGCCAGAACGCCUUCUCUUUAGCCAAACAAAGCGGGCCCCCCUCCCACCUCCCCCUUUUUGAAGCCCCCCCCGGGACUCCUGCCCCCCCCCGCCGCCUCCGCGGCUUUGCCGCAGGGCCCGCCGCCGAGGCUGCGUGACCCCGGCGGGGUCCGGGGCGACCCGGCUGGGGGCCGUCCGUGGGGGCGAGAGGUUUCAGAGGGCGUGCCGGGCUCCGUGAGGUCAGAGGUCAGGCUCCGGAGAGGCGCGGAGGCUGCAGACAGGAACCAACCCCAAUGGGACCAAAGCCUACGGACUGAGGCAGAGGCCUUUUCAUCCUCUCCCUCCCCUCCCCCCCCCUCCCCCGUCACCUCGCUCUUCUCACCUUCUUUCCGCACACUAUCAACACAACCACAGACAUGUCCCGUCACCGGGUGGCUCUGAGCUGCACCCGCUUUGUCGAAAUGUGUUCCCUGUACUUCAAUCUAAUCUUCCCACACCUUAUUUCCCACCGACAUUAUAUUCUGUUUUCUACGCUUUCAGGAAUAAACACUCUAGAUCACUCAAGUGUAUUAUUGAAUUUUUCUUCAUUUAAAAUAAAUUGCCGCAGCAGUCCUGUGGUUUAUUAUGGUAUUCAUCUUUUUUUUUUCCUUUUUCAAACCCCCUCCUCCCUUCAGGCAGGUACUCCCGUGGGAAAUGAUUUAAUCCUAGCGCUCCGAUCCCCCCCCCCCCCCCUCCUCUGACAACCCAGACGCCACCUGGCUCAUUUUCGGGAGCCAUUUCACAGAAUGUGCAGCGAUGACGCCAGAGCUGACUCACCCAGUCAGAAAGGACGCAGCGCGUAAUAAAAGGCACGUCCACACGGGGACGAUCGUCUUGGUCCCGUCUGCUUCGGCCCUCUUCUCUCAUGCUCUUGUUAUAGAUUUGUGAACUGUUACAUUCCACGUCGGCCCUUUAGUAUUUCCUCGCGUCUUUCUUUCUAGGGUGUUUUGAAGCGUAAUGUGACAAGUGAGUGGACUUUAAGAUAGCGGGGGGGGGGGGGUAUGGACUCUAUGACUGUGGGUGGAGAACUGGCCUCUUACAGCAAUAACAGGAAGCAAGGACUCAAACUCGGCAGCCUGUUUCGUCAACAGCUCGACCUCCCAACACGCUAUGCUCAGACGGACACGAGCGGAUGCACCCGGAGCCUCGUCUGCAGGGGACUGAACUGUUCAAAGCAGUCUUUGAAAGUCUCUUGGACAAACUGAUGGAGGGCAUGAUCCGAAAAAAAGGACGUUCCACCCAGACGCCUCCUCAUGACGUCAUGAACCGAGAGACAGAAGGGCUUCUGCUGAGACUUUUUCCACAAAUCAGUCAGACUGUUCCCUGUAUUCCACGAGCAAAACUGUUUGGUGAAAGCAGAUGACGUGUUUGAGGGCUGAUUCAAACUUAGAAGUACUGCCUUAAAAACUAUUUUAUAUUAUAAGUUACCAUUCUGUCAUGUUGUCAAAUAUGUGUGCAAAGUAAAAGGAGAGAACACGGACGACCUGUGGACGACCUGAUUUAAGUUUGACUAUCUGGACAUUGGUGUGUAAAUACAUUUUAUAUUCAAAUUCUUCUUUUGGUGGCUUCAAGAGCCUUUCACGGAUUAUGACUAAUGUGGGAAAUGUAUAGAAUCCAAAUGUAAAAGGGUUCUACUGUUGUUGUUGGGAAUGUAGGCCACCUGUCUUUGUUAACACACUGCUGUUAAAGUCCUUUCGUUUCAUAGCGCUCCUCUACCGUUCUAUUUCUACUACGUUGCGUCACCCUGAGGAGAGGGAGGGAGGGGGAGAGAGCGCCGGAGACGUCCCGCGUUUCAUCACCCGGUUGUCAGCACAUCACUGGACUAAAAAAAAAAAAAAGAUUGUUGAAAGUUGAAAAUCAAUGUGGGUCAUCUUAUCAAGUGUCUGCACAUUUCACACUCGCCUGGUGGAUAAACGGACUAAAGUAGGUAAAGGUGUGAGGACAUGGAGCCGCUCCCUGCAGAAGAAUUCGCCGGUCGACCACACAGUAAGAAUUCAACAUUCCACUGGGGCCUUUGGAGGCCGGCGGCCCGCUGGGGACUUUCAGCGUGACGUGUUCUCACGUCAGAGACAAUUUAACACUGCAUAUAUUUUGUAUCAGACUCCUAAAGACGGCUGGAAGCUGAAACCUUUUAUGUUGGCUUCUUGAAAUGUGGGAAUGAGAUCCACAAAGAAGGCCGGCGUGGGAAGAUGACCUCAUGUUUAUAUGCAUGAAGUGUGCGCAGGUCUCUGCUUAAUGAGGGCUAGCAUGGUUCAAUUAUUAUGCACAAGGUUACGAAACUUCACAUUACGAAGAGUAUGGUGUGUUUACUUGUGUAUGCUUCAAUAAAAUAAAACAUCGGAAUAUUU